CGCCGCCGCCGCUCUCGACCAGUGACGUAAGGCCCACACCCUCAGCAGCCGCCAUGGGGAACGCUCGCCGGCUCCUGCUGCUGCUCGGCCUAGCCGUCACGGUCACCGCAACACAAGCGGGUGUUCUGAGCUGGUUCGAGGGGGAAGCCAGCUCGGGCGUGGAGCUUCAGGCCGACGAACCCGACAGCGGCGAGGAGCAAAGCGACGAUGGCGACAACCAGAUCAAGCGCCUCGUGGAAGCAAUGCACGGCAGCUUCGUGGAGCUGGCAACGAAACGCAAUACUUGGUAUGACCGAUACGAUAUUUUAGCCCAGCAGGCAGCCAACAAUUCGAAGGUUAUUACCGAAUUAUUGGGCAUUAGCAGGUAAUUAACUUUCAAAUUU